AGCAGGUCAGUGACAGCUGCCGCCGUCCCGGACUAAGGACCGACGCGUGUCUCCGCCACAGUGCGUCGGUUAUGUGACGGUAUUGGAGCGCAGCCCGCGGGAAUAUUCCUUCACCGGGAAACGAGGAUUCUCGCGAAGUUCGGUUUCUUUUUCCACGCGACGCUGAGAGGGAAAUAGAAGAAGCGUCGCUUCAUUCAUUGACCUGAUUUGCCAUCACAUGGGUGUAAUAAUGCGCGAGCUCAACCUCGCAUCGUGCUCGAUGGCGCGUGCCUCUUCCGUGCCGAUGUCUGGAGUUGUUUGAGGAGCCGAUAAGCGGACGCAGCUCUUCCAGGUCCAUGUCCGUGCUGAGGGAGAGCAGCCUCACGGUGACAUGGAGAAAUCGGGACUAUACGGCCUCCUUUACUACUUACUCCUCAAUUUGCCCUUUAUGAUUCGUGCGAAUGCGACAUUUACGGAAGUCCCUAAAGAUGUGAGUGUGGGGGAGGGAGAGGAUGUGGAGAUGCCGUGUGCUUUCAAGGCUGUCAGCUCGGCGCCCAUGUCUCUGGAGAUCCAGUGGUGGUAUCUGAAGGAGGAUGUGCCUAAAGAAUUGCCUCACGAGCUGCAGAUCAGUGCACCAGCCAACCGAGCGAAGGUCGUUCCAAGGGAAGCUACAAAAAUAAGUUGCUUCCCUCUCUAUGGGUUCCAGACUGUGCGUGUCCAGGGAAAUGCCAUCUCCCACCGCCUCAGCCUGUCCAAGGUGAAGAAGGAAGAAGAGGGGCUGUACGAGUGCCGCGUGUCCGACCUGUGGGCCGAUGAGACUCAAGACUUUGCGGUUCAUGCCAUGCUGCAUGUAACGCUGGCUGACGCCAUGGUGGCCGAGGAGGCUGUGUCACACAUCCAGAGCCGCUGGCCCCUGAGGAAUACCAACACGGGACUGGGAGGUGGCAGAGAAGAGAAGGGCACCUCGGUGCCCGGCCAGGUGAUGGCAGGGGGUCAGAGGUCAGGGCAGGGGAGGCACAGAGUUCCUCAGCAAGCGCAGCCCGGCCUCUCGUCCACCACCACCACCAUCUCGGUGGCUAAGUCAUCGGCCUCAGCUCUCCUAGGGAACGCAGCCAUCAUCCGGCAGCAGCUAGGAGCCGGUUGCAGUAUGAUGAGCACCAUGCACCCCUUCCUUUGCAUCACUCUACUGUUCCUGCAUAAACUCCUUCCUCUCCUAUUGGACCACUGAAGAGACUUCAACCAAAAUUAUGCCGACAUGCAACGCUCUUACUACACCAAAAAAAAGCAAAACAAGUCAGUGCCCACCAGGGGAGCAAAGGUCACAUUAAGACAAUGUAUGCUGUUUAAACAAAAGGGAGUGCAAGCAAUGCAAAAAGGUCGGAGGUCGACACAAGAGACAAAAAUCGAAUGAGAUUAAUGCUUCUCUGACUUGAAACAGAGAUGGAAGUUUAGAGACUGUCAACCGAGCAAAGGGUGGGAAGGGUGAUGCACUUACAGUGAAUAACAGGACCAUCACUACUGAUCCGCAGUCCAGUGUGGCCACUUGAAUCGCGGCCUUUAGGCUACUCAGCACCUGCUUCAUGCAUGGCCCUCCUCAAAUAUUCCACACUCACAUUUAUUUUACAGCAUUUCCAUUCACUUGACAGCCAACAUUUCAAAAGGGGGGAGUCCUUCAGAAUUUUAUUCAUUCUAUGGAAAACACAUGUCCUUGAUUUUCUUUGGAAGGUCACGACUUGAUCAACAUAUUUUUCUGCAGCUGUGUGAAGCGUUUCCAUCAUACAGAAGUACCAUUCAUCCAGUGUGUUAGUCUGGCGUAUGCCAUAGCCAUCCCUCUCCUAAACACAAACAACUUCUGUUCUCAUAGCUGUGUUCUAUAAUGUAAACGAGUUGAUAUAUUUUGAUUAAGAUAUGGCAUAUCUUACCAUUGUUGUUGAUCACCUCCAAUAAUGUUUAUUUUUAUUAAAUAUGUGGUGAUGAAAGUGA